UGAGCGCUUAUUAACAGACAAAAUGCUCUGUAGCUGUUGCCAUGGAGACGGAUCACAAACACACACUAGCAGGUCGAAGCGUAAACAAAGUCCGACAGCUUGAUCCCUAAAAGCAGCAGAGUGAGGAAGAGGAGGAACGAUCAUGCCGAAGAAAGCCAAGAAAGGUGGAGAAGGUAAAGGUGGAGGAAAGACGGAGGAGGAGAGGCUGCUGUUCCUGCAGCAGAGAGCUCAGGCCGAGGAGGAGAUGAACAGGAAGAAGGAGGAGGUCCUCACCCUGUUUCUGAAGGACAAGCUGCAGAAGGAGGAGAAGAAUGCCGCGGUGAACCUGCUGAAGCUGAACGAGGGCUGGAGGUCCAUCCUCCGUCAGACCCGAGCCGCCGAGCUGCGCAGUGAUCUGACGGUGCUCAGCCAGACGUUUGAGAGGCAGCUGGACGGCGUGGACAACGUCAUCAAGAACCUGGAGCGCGACCUGCAGGAUGCGGAGCGUCAGUCGGCUCAGGUGCGGCGCCUUCACCUGCAGCACUUGGAGCGGCUGUGGGCGCAGCAGCAGAGACAUCUGGAGUUCGAGCAGCAGCAGUGGGAGGACCUCCUGAAGCAGCUGACCUCCAGGUUCAGCUCUGACAGGGAGCAGAUGUUGUCACAAUCGAAGCAUAAACUAGAUGAUCUGAAGGACACCUCGUUCGCUGUGGUGAAGAAGCACAAAGAAGUGAUGGAGGAUAUCGAGAAGCUGUACAACGACACCAUCACAGUGUACCAGAUCUCUCAUAACGAGAGGUUAGCAUCUCUUGGCCUGGAGGAGGCUGAGAGGCUGGAGAAGAUGAAGAAAAAGAACCGGAUGUCUGUGCCGUCCCCCUGUGAUGAGGAGGCCAGCGUCCCCUUCCUGCGCUGCCAACAGAAAUGCCUGCAGUCAGACGCUAAGACAGUGAAGAAGCUGCAGGAAGACGUCGCCGGCGCACAGGUGAAAUUGACCAACCUCCAGAUGGGGAACGUGUCGGUGGACAGAGAUCUGACAGAGGCCAGGGAUCAGGUGAAAAGCCGGACUCAAGUGCUGCGGGAUCAGCUGACAGCCAGUCAGAGAGCAGCGAGGAAACAGCUGAUCGAUCUCACCAUGCAGAGCGACCAUCCUGUGAAGAAACUGCAGGCGAUCAUCGCCAAGGGUCAGAAGGUCUUACAAGUGGCGGAAAUGUGCCGUAAGCUGGAGAGCGAGCAGAGGACCGUCUCAUCACUGAUCCCUGCAGAGAAACAGAGGCAGGAGAAGUCAGAGGAACCAAGAAAGGAAUCAGGAAAGGAGAUGUCAGCGCUGCGUAACGUGACGCUGAGCAUCAACACCUCGGUGCUGCAGAGAGAAAAUCUGAGGAGACAGAGAGACGCUCUGAGCCGAGAGAACCAGCAGCUGAGGGUCCUGCUGAGCCAGCACCUGGACGCCAUGACAGUCAGCGACCACGACCUGGAGGAAGCCCACCCCCUGCUCACUGUGUACCGUGCCCCUACCACCUCCAAACACCCCGACAACGAGAGAAGACACACCGUCACCGAGGCCGUCCACAUCGUCAAACACUCGCUGUAGCAAAAUAUAACCCUUUCCUGGAAGAUUUAUUGGAUGUUUGCUUCUUCA